AUGUCAGAACAAUCUUCCAAAGUUGUUAACUCUCCAUUAACUCCAAAUGAAAAAUUGUUAGAAAAAUUAAUAGGUUCAUUUAGCGAUCAAACUUUUAAUGAACUUGAUAAUGAUUUGCUUGACGAUGAAGAAGAAAAUUGGGAGAUCUCUUUUGAUGAAGUAGAUGAUCAUAUUUCAGAAUUUCAGGAAGAUGAAUUUGUGAGAGAAGCUUUUGAUAAGGGAAUGGAUUUACGCGAAUAUGCGCGAAAUAUUGAAAAAGAAUUGAGUAUAAUUGAAAAAGAUCAUGAGGCUGAUUACAUAAAGGAAGCAAAAGGAUUUACUUGUGAUCAAAUUCUAGAAACUAUGGAAAAUAUGUUAAGUGUUUUUCAGAAAGAUUUGGGAAACAUUAGUACAGAAAUUCAAACCUUACAAGAUAAAUCAUUUUCAAUGAACAUUAAACUCAAAAAUAGAACUGCUGUUGAGAAGAAAUUAGAUAAUGUUCUAGAAGGAAUUGCCGCGGAGAAAAUUAGGGAUUUUCUUUUGAAUAAAAUAAGGUCUCUACGUAUACCUAAUACAAAUGUACAAAUCCUUCAACAAUCUGUUUUGUUGAAAUAUAAAGAACUUUAUCAAUUCGUGAUGGAUAGAUAUAAUGAUGUAGCAUUUGAAAUAAUGCAUACAUAUAUAAACACUAUGAAAUGGUAUUUUUUCAAUCAUUUCGAUCGUUAUAAUCGAACUUUACAAAAACUUCAGAAUCCAGUUGGAGAUAAAUCUUCAAUGAUAGGAUAUGACGAAAAUUUAAGAAAGGGUGGCAUAUUUGGAUCUAGUAAAAUAGCUUUACAAGAUAAGACAAAUAUGUUCGUAUUAGGUGAUCGGAUUGAUACACUUCGUACUCAAGAUGCCGGUGUCAUAUUAGUUCAUGUUGCAGAAAACAAAAAUCAGAAAUAUUCAUCCGAAGCUUUAUUUAGAAGUUUUAAUUUAACACUCAUAGAUAAUGCUAGUUCGGAAUAUCUUUUUAUAAUUGAAUUCUUUUCUAAAGAUGAUAAACCAAAUGUUGAAGGGGCUAAAGACAUUUUUUCUGAAAUAUUUGAUACAACUAUUAAGAUGGGAUUGAAUUCUACUAAACAAUACGUUGCCAAUACUUAUGAUGCUAUUGGUACACUUUUAUGUAUUCGACUUAAUACUCAAUUUGCUUUGGAAUUACAACGAAGAAGAGUACCUGCUCUUGAAGGAUACACAAAUCAAACCAAUAUGUUGUUGUGGCCAAGAUUUCAGGCUAUUAUGGAUAUGCAUAUCGAAAGUGUUAGAAAAGCUACAAAUAAAAUGACGGUUAAAGAUGUUCAUCCACAUUUCAUGUCAAAAUCUUUUGAUGAUGACAAUAAAAGUAGUUUAAUAUUCCUUAUAAAUAAUUAUGAUUUGAUUAUAACAAUUUUAGGUGAAACUGGAGGAAAAGCUGUAGAAGCUGACAUUAAUCACUUUAAAGAACUUUUAAAUGUAAAAAUAUCCGAAUUUGUAGAAGAGGAAUUAAAUCCUUAUUUUGGUAGUUUAGUCGCCAUUGUUAAAAUGUUGGAACAAGAGAAAGAUGGUUCAACUAUUGGCUCAGAAUUCUUUGACAAAGUAUCCACCGAUUUUGCGUCGACCUGGCGUCAAUCAUUAACUUCUAUUAAUACUUCAGUCAUUCAACAUUUUUCAAAUUUCAAAAAUGGAACAACAAUUUUACAUGCAGUAUUAGGACAAUUAAUAAUUUAUUAUACAAGAUUUUGUAAUGCAUUAGAAGAAAGAAUGAAAGAUGGUACGGUGAGAAUUGGACAUCAACCUGUAGGCGUACAGAGUGUUAUGGUUGAAAUUAAAAAAUUUAGAAGAUGGUUAGAAAUGUAG